AUGCAAUCAGGAGAAAAUAUGACUGUUGAACUUGCAGACAAAAGGAAACCAGCAAUCAAACCAUUAUUAGCUGCUACUCCUAAAAAUGAAAAACUUUUUAUCAUCUUUUCAGUACUUGAUGAAAUUAAGAAAAGAUAG